AGUGUAUGGUACGACGACAUUAAACACAGACCUUCGAAUACAGUUUCUCGAUCCAUUAGUUUUCUCUUCCCUGUUACUUGAUUGAAACUUCGACAAGUUUUUAUCGAACAAAGUUCAAAUCAUAGUAUAUUUCAAUUAAAAGUGCCUGAACUGCAUCGAAAUAAAAGAAUAUGGUUACUAACACACGUAAAUGUUGAGAUUAUUCAUUAAAAUGAUCAAAAUGAUUCCACGACAGUGCCUGUUAUUGAUUCCACUCGUUUUGUUAGCACUGGCAACACCCAUCCACGGCAUCACGCGACGAAUAAAAAUCGGGGCAAUCUUUCAUAAAGGCGAUGAAGAUCUCCAAAAAAUAUUUCAAAGGGCAAUUAGUGAUACAAAAUAUGAAAACUUUGCAUCCGCAUUCAAACUUGUCGCCGCCAUUGAAUACGUCGAUGCUAAUACCGACAGCUUUAAGACUGCUAAAGCUGCUUGCAAUCUUCUUGAGCAAGGUGUGGCAGCCAUUUUCGGGCCUACAAGUCGGCAUACUCGUGGAAUAGUUGCGAGUAUUGCUGCGCGAUUUCAUAUACCGCACAUCGAGUAUGUUUGGCGAGAAAACGAAGGAUUGGAAGAGAAAAAUAUGAAAAAAAGGAUUCCGUCACCAAUGACCAUAAACAUAUUCCCUGCCAGUGAGCAACUUAGCACGGCUAUCGCCGACAUCAUCGAAAACAUCAUCGUUACAACAAAAUGGCAAAACUUCGCAGCGAUUUAUGAAACUAACGAGGGAUUGUCACGCCUUCAGAAGGUUUUGACAAUAAAAGGAGAUAGAAAUAAUCCAGUUACACAUACGGUUAGGCAGUUGAACGAAGGAUCGGAUCAUCGCUCGAUGCUCAAAGAGAUACGCUCUUUGGGAAUAUGUAAUGUAAUUAUUGAUGUCGAACCGGAGAAAAUCAUGAAAGUUCUCAGUCAAGCGAAGGAAGUCAGAUUGCUAUCGGACUAUUGUUACUUCAUCCUAACGUACUUGGAUUCAUCCAAGUUACCUAUUCUCGACAUGCGAAAUCUAAGUACUGUUAAUAUCACUGGAUUCAGCUUGAGAGAGACGAUGGAAGACAAAUACGGAAUUGCUUGGUUAAAUUCAGCGGUUCUCUACGACGCAGUAUUUUUGCUUUAUAAAGCAAUAGAGACUCUGAAUGCGAGAAGAAUUAAUGACAAAAAAUCUAUAUUCAUUGAUCCUGUACCACUGUCUUGUACCAAUAAUAAAAGAUAUCAAGCAGGACUUAAUAUUACCAGCAUUAUGCGAGAGAUUUCGAACAGGGGAAAGAUUACGGGUACUAUGAACAUCAACAAGUACGGUCACAGAACUGAUUUUAAUAUAUAUAUUCUCAGCUUUCAACAUCCGAUUCCGGUACAAACCAGUGUUUGGAAAUCCGGCGCUCUGCAAAUCAUGAAUAUCAAGAAGGAGCAAGAAAAUUAUUUUUCUGAAUCUAUGAAAAACAGGACAUUCAAGAUCAGCGUCAAAACAGGCCCACCCUACGUAAUGGAAGUGACUAAUGCUUCAAUGCAAGGAACAUUAAUUGGUUCAAAAUACUACGAAGGUUACUGCAUUGAUUUGAUCGAGAAAAUCGCAAAAAUUGCAGAAUUUGAUUACGAAUUCGAAAUCGUACCUGAUAAUCAGCAUGGAAAGUAUGACGAGAAAAAAAAGACAUGGAAUGGUCUAAUCAAGCGCGUUAUGGACAAGGAAACUGAUUUUGCUAUAUGUGAUUUAACAAUAACGUACCAGCGCAAGACUGCCGUGGAUUUCAGCCUACCUUUUAUGAAUUUAGGAAUCAGUAUUGUCUUCACGAAACCGGAAGAAAAACCAUUGGAUCCAUAUUCAUUCUUGCAUCCAUUUUCUAAUACAGUAUGGAUUUAUAUGGCUACUGCUUACCUCGCUGUAUCGAUAAUGUUAUUUCUUCAGGCAAGAAUGGCACCUAGCGAGUGGAACAAUCCGCAUCCAUGCAAUGCAGAUUCCAAAGAACUUGAAAAUAACUUUAAUUUGAAAAAUUCCUUGUGGCUCACUAUCGGUUCUCUUAUGCAACAGGGAUCAGAUAUACUGCCCAAAGCACCAUCAAUUCGUAUGCUUAGCAGCAUGUGGUGGUUCUUUACCCUGAUUAUGAUCAGCUCGUAUACGGCAAAUCUAGCCGCCUUUCUUACUGUGAGCAAAAUGGAAGCACCUAUUAAAAACGUUGAGGAUUUGGCAAAGCAGACGAAAAUCAAAUACGGUGCACUCGAGGGUGGUGCAACAGCGACAUUUUUUAAAGAUUCGAAUUAUUCGACGUACAAACGAAUGUAUGCUACAAUGACAGACAUAAAGCCGAGCGUAUUCACUAAAAGUAAUGAAGAAGGUAUCGAUCGAGUUAUUAAUGGCAAACGACAAUAUGCCUUUCUCAUGGAAUCCACUACAAUCGAAUACGAAAUGGAGCGCAAAUGUGAAAUAAUGAAAAUUGGCGGGCUCAUUGAUAACAAAGGCUACGGCAUUGCUAUGCCACGCAAUUCUCCGUACAGGACAAAGAUUAAUAAUGCGAUCCUGGCGCUGGCAGAGAGUGGUACAUUGCAAGAAAUAAAAAAGAAAUGGUGGAUAGAAAGAGGUGGAGGAAAGUGCAAAGAAAAUGAAGCGGAUAAGAGUACUAACUCAGCUGAAUUAGGAUUGGCAAGCGUCGGUGGUGUAUUCAUGGUUCUAAUGUUAGGUUGCGCUGCUUCAGUCUUUAUCGCCAUUUGCGAAUUCCUAUGGAAUAUACGCAAAGUCGCUGUGAGAGAGAAGAUCACACCGCGGGAAGCGCUAGUGGCCGAGUUGAAAUUCGUCGUGAACAUUUUCGCGUUAACGAAACCCGUUAAAGUUGCAAAAAGCAGCAACAACAGCGCGAGCUCCAUAGAGAAUGGCAGAGCUGCAUCCACGUCUCAAUCUAACGUUGGUUCUUUCCGACAUCUCGAUAUACUUGAUAAAUUCGAUAAAGAUCGCAACACGAACAACCGCAGCAAUAAUCGUAAUUGAUUAUUUGGCCGAGUAAUUAAAAAAAAAACAUGAAAUUUUAAAAUAUAUAAAAUUGUACGAAAAUAUUUAUACUAGUAUAAAUUGUAUGAUUGAUAAUGAAUAGUGUAAGGAAUCCGAAAUUCAUUCUCGCGCCUAAUUUCGCCUACCAGCCGAUCUCAGUUAUCAAGUGCUACAUAUUGCUGGAAAAUUUUUACUAAACAACUGACAACAGUACUAUGAACAUCCGUUCAUUUUGCUCGGAAUUAUAUCAUAUUGUUGGUUUGCACACAGUGCACUAUAAUAUUUGCGAAUUUUUAAAAUCGAAUUUUAUUGUCCAAGAAAUGUGUUUUUAUCACUCGCUUGUACUUAAAUGUAGUACAUAUGUUUUUAUUAUAUUUUGAGAUUUUGAAGUGGCAAUUUUCUUCUGCCAUGUAGUGUGGAAAACCGGCUCGAAAUUUGGUUUCCUUACACUAUAGAUUAAACUAUAUGCAUUUAUUAACAAGGCAACUGAGAAAGACAUUUUAGUCUGUAUACAGAUUACGGCGAAUAAUAUAAAUUUUUUGUCUCAUUGCAAAUAACAUUUGCAAAACAACUAUUGUAUUCCAUACUUCAUAGCAUUUAAAACAAAAAUGUGAGAUUCGAACUCAUCAUUUUUCCUUGAUUAAUUUUUUUCUGAUUAAUUUUUUAUUUCUACGAAUGCAGCCGAACAUACUUUAAAAACGUUCUGUAUUACUAACGAAUAAAGAUUUUCUAAAAUAAUAA